CAAACGGGCACAUGCAAGCAGAAUCUACUAGUGAAGAUGAAAGUAGUGUACCUGUAGAUAAAAUAAGGGUGGGACGAGAUUAUCAAGCAGUGUGUCCAGAAUUACAACCUGAAAAUCAAAGAAAACCUGAACUUUUAGCAGAUAGGGCCCUUCUAGUAUGGUCACCAACAGAAUCCAUUCCAGAAACAAAACUUGAAGAUUACAUUAUACUUGCUAAAGACAAAUAUGGAUAUAAUGGUGAACAGGCACUUGGAAUGUUAUUUUGGCAUAAACAUGAUCUAGAAAGAGCAAUGCUGGAUUUAGCAAAUUUUACACCAUUUCCUGAUGAAUGGUCAGUAGAAGAUAAAGUCCUUUUUGAGCAAGCCUUCCAGUUUCACGGAAAAAGUUUUCACAGGAUACGACAAAUGCUUCCUGAUAAAACGAUAGCGAGUCUAGUGAAAUAUUAUUACAGUUGGAAAAAAACGCGAUCGCGUACUAGUCUCAUGGAUAAACAAGCUAGAAAACUCAAUACCCCAAAAGAAGAAGGCUUACCAUCAGAAGCAGGAUCUGAGAAUGGAUCUAAUGAAGAAUCUGACCAUGAUGAUAAGGGUGAGGGUGGCGCAUGUUCUAACUGCGGAGUCAACUGUACUGUCACUCAGGUAACCUCGAAAGGAAACCUUUGUAAUUCCUGCUUUCAACACUGGAGACGAACGGGUCUGUUGCGGCCCACUUCUGGGCCGACGGGCGGUAAGCGGGGCACCCCUUUGGGGGCUCGUCAUAAACGCAAGCCCCCCCGCGGCAUGUACAUCAACCACGACGAUUUGGCUGCGAUGGCUUCAGGCAAUACGGGCGUCGUCAUGCUUAAAGCCAUGGAUAGAGAGAUUGAUUCCAUACAAAGACAAAUUCAACAGAACAAACAAUCUAUUAGUUCCUUAAAACGUAAGCAUUCCGAUUCUAUUGAAGACCUACGCCCAAGCAGUGAAAACAAUUCUAGAUUUAAUGCUCGUUGGACAAACGAAGAACUCCUUCUUGCAGUGCAAGGUGUUCGAAAAUAUGGUAGAGAUUUUAAAAGUAUUGCCGAUGUGAUAGGAAAUAAAACUGAACAUCACGUACGUACAUUCUUCAUUAAUUACCGUAAAAGGUAUAAUCUGGACAGUAUUUUAAAAGAAUGGGAGAAAGAACAUGGUCCUCUUCCUGAAGAUAUUUCGGAUAUUAAGAGCGAAAACGAUGACAAUGAUAAUGAUGUAAUUUGCAUAUCUCCCACACCGAGCACUAAAAAAGAUAUUAAAAAUGGGAAAGUUCCGCAAAUAACUAAAUGAUAAUUUGGAAUUCUCGUGUGAAAAUGUAAUGUAUUUUAAUUUAUAAUGUAUGAAAUAUAUUUUAAACCUUU